GAGAGUACUAGAACGAAGACUUUCCCGCAGGCCUCGAUUCACAGCUGCCGCCAGGCCCAACCGUCACGCGUGUCAUUGCGCUUGCUAAAUUUCCGGCGAAUUCGUCCUUGCCACGGUACUAAUCAUGAGCACCAUAACACUUAAACAGUAUACAAUAGGUCCGCAGGCCACCGCACAGAGUUAUCUUUUGCCAACUUGCGAGCUGCCACCAUGGAAUCCGCGCGAAAAUUGGCCGAGGACUGGGUUGCGGCUUGGAAUGCUCGCGACCUGGAUGCAGUGAUGUCGCACUACUCGCCAGAGGUGGUGUUUGAGAGCCCGCGCGUCGCGGCGGCCUUCCACGCGACGGGAGGCCAGGUGGGCUCCCCGGACGGUGUCCUGCGGGGGCUGGGCGCGCUGCGGCAGUACUUCGCACAGGGCAUCUCAGCUCUGCCCGGGCUGAGGCUGGAGCUGCAGCAGGUGCUGGAGGGCCCCCCCGGCGGCUGGUACGGCGUGCAGUACACCCGGGAGACCGGCGCAAUGGUGUUGGAGACCUUACGACUGGCGGCGGCGGCGGGGCAAGCGGCGGCGGGGGAAGUGGCGGCGGCGGGGCAGGCAGAGGGGGAUGAGAGCGGCGGCAGCCGGAGCGGCGGGGCUGGUGUGCAGGGGCGGCAGCUGAUUGUGGAGGCGCGUGUGUUUUACGAGCAGGUGUGCUGAGCGAGCUGUUGCCGCGACUGCAUCUUUGUGAAACAGGUGGUGAUACAAAACCUUUUGGAGUUGUGUGCUAGAUGUGCCAUACGGUACGUGCUGUCAACGGUGUAGUCAGGCCUUAUAGUGAAAGCUUCGUAAAGGGUGUGGCCAGGGUGUGUGUGUGUCACGUGUUGUGUCACUUGGUACGGAAGGUGGCCGGCACCGCUUGCGCGACAUCGCAACGACCGUUCUAGAACGGUCGUCUAGUCGCUUCGUUUAAUUGGUGCUGUGGGCAACUGUGCAUACGUCUUGAUCCCUGCUGCGUAUGGAAUGGUAGCGUCAAGCACGGAGAUUCAAGGCUACAGUCGCAGCCGUGCAGAGCCUGUACAUACGAUUUUGCGGAAGACUGCUCUGCCUUUCCGUGUUAGUUCCCACUGUGACACGGUAUGGCGGUUAUGCCACGCAGGGCAUGGCCUUUCGAGUCCGCUCAAGCACCCUUCGCUUCGGCCGAAAUCCCGAACCGCCUCCGUCUGUUUCCCAAAAGAAGUAAGCCCCCCC